CAGAUUAUCGUGAAAUGAAAAUCAGUUAUAAUGGGGGGAUCACUUGUGGAGAUUCCCUUCAGUGAUUGGCCUGAACUGCGCACGUUAUAUCGUCGAAAUUGGCCUGAACAUGUAUUUGCUUUUGGCAUAAUUAGUAACUAUUUACGUUGGAAGCAAUUGCACUCUGAGGCGCAAGUGAAUGUAAAAAUAUUCUCGAUCGAUGGAACAUGGAGAGAAAAUGGUACAUUUCUUCUAUUCGAUGAAUUCGAGCUCUAUUUCUACUCGUUCGACAUUGCAUCAGACUAUACAUCAUUGACAGAAGCGCUUUCACUGGUGAAUUGGAAAUCAUUUCACGAAAUCAGUAUGGAUUUCUUAGAGAAGCAUCGCACAGCAUUAGAUAAGGUCAUAUUUGCAAAAGAGCUGCACGUGACGGAAGAUUCGACUACAAAUUUUUAUUACAUGCGUAGAGAGGAAGCCUCCAAACUGAUUGUAGAAAUUCCAUCGGGAACAAAGUUUAACAGAGUUUCCGAUAAAUAUCUUGAUAAUAUUUAUAAGCAGUGGUCAUUGAAAGGUUACAUUAGUGAGACGUCUGGAUAUAAUCUUCUAAAACGACUGGUUUCAUUCAAUGAAAGCAUUGGGCUUUUUGAUAAAUGUGGAAAUCUACUCUCUUGGUGCUUACGAGAUCAAUCGGGAGCAGUUUCGAAUUUACAAACUAAUGCUUCUCAUCUUCGGAACGGGUUUGGUCGGGCAGUCUGUUCGGAAUUCGCACGUCGUCUCGCUAAUCUAGGUGAUGACUCCUACGCUUACGUGUUGAGUGAUAAUCACAAAUCGUGUAAACUGUUCGAAUCUGUUGGCUUUCAGAAGACUACCAAUCUGCACUGGAUGAUUAUAAAACGUGUCUAAAAUUAUGAUUAUACCAUACUUAUAGGACAAUUUCUUUCAAAUACAGAGGAACGCCUGUUGAAGAGCUUAUA